AUGCGCAACACCCUCUCUGCCGAAUCCCAAGCACCGUCCCAAGACCAUUCGUUUCUAGGCUGGGGACCGGAAGGAACCUCUCGAGGAAGCAGUCAAGGUGUUGACCCCGUUUUGCAUCAGCAGCGCUCAGUGUAUCUGACACCUCCCCGAGAAACAAUCAGCCUGGACCCUGCACAGCUUCGUCAGAUCGCCUCGACAAGCCACCUUCGGCCACGGCCCAGCAAGACACAGAAUCGGGCUCCCACAAGUCUCGCACCACCAAUGCGGUCUUCAUCACGCCCGGAGCAGUGCCGCCUCUUCUCUAGCCAUUCGGCUUCCUCAAGCCACUCUCGUGGAACUGAAGUCACCACUUCAACCAUCCGCAGACGUCAUGCACGGGACAUCUUUGCGGAGUUUGGGAUCUCUCGCCCGUCUGGAUGGCUCUCCGAUGACGAAGAAGAGGACUUCUCGCGUCAUCAAGAUGGGGCCAACAGCAUUCCCCGGCACGCAACCAACAGCUGUCACUCUUGUGGAGCCGAAGUCACCUCUCGAGCAUUUUGCAACACGUGUGGGCACGCGGUAUGCCCACAAUGUUCAAGCGAGAUACCAUUCGACGAAGAACCACUCGACGUCGAGUAUGCAGGAAGUACACAGCAAAAGAAGCUGCCUAGUGAGUGGCAUGCGUUGAAUGCGGCCGAGGAGGACACUGGAACCUCAUCUUCUCUAGAGACAACAACAGAAACUUCCAAGAAGAAACAGACAACUGUGGCCACUUUGACUACCCUGAAAGACAACCCCUUUAUCCGCGCAGACAGAAUGACCAAGGUUACUGCGGUCGAACCUCAGAUCACCGAUGCGACCAUACGCGCAUCGCCAGCAGCCAGACUAUCGGAUUGUGUGCCUAAGCAAACCGACUUGGGUAUCGCAGAUACGCACGGAAACUAUGGGAACCCCAGAUGCAAUGCCACCCAUGCUGGGCAUCAUUCUGGUCGCCAUAGCAUUCUAUGCAUCGUGGAAGGGCACGGGAAGAUGGACGAAGUUGACCGACCCUCUUCUCACCUUUCGCUGGCCGAUCCGCUUCACAAUAAGAUUGACAAGAUGUAUCACCAUGCCGAAGAUCUUAAGCGUGCUCAACACAUCAUCGAGCACCUUGCAGCGGGCUCCACCAUCACCGAAGGAAAUACCCAGACUUCCACAGACGAUGGCUUAAGGACCAAAAGGCUAUCGACACCGCCCAUGGACAGUAUACUGUCCCCGAUUGAUAGCUAUGGCUUCAACCGAGAGAAGUUGGCCAGCUCCGAUAUGGCCAUGGCCGAAGACAAGAAACGCACCCGGGCUUAG